CAACAGGCACUACCACUUACUCAUUAGCAGUCAGACUAUCCAACUUGGACGGCCACCAUGUCCUCUCUCACCAGUUUUCAUGUGCUCUGUGAACCACCCCAAUCCGAGGAGCCACCAGAGAAUGUGCUCUCAAAAAUAUUCCAGCGCUUCAAAACUACCCUAUCGACCCCAAAUAUCUAUACGCCUUCAGGAACAUCCACAGAUACACCCUCUAGAGUUCCCUUUCCUACCCACACAGCUACGGCAGCUACAUCGGCAGUCGUCAAUAGCCAACUCUCUUCAUCAGGCACCGACAUAGAUAUAACAGGCUGCUCACCAUCAAUAACUGUGUCACCGUUUUCUACAGAGUCACUCACUGCUCGGUCCUCGCUCGGAAAUCAUACAAACGUUGCAGUUUCCUCAUCUUCCGUAGCUGGACCGUCAUACCCUGUUCAUUCGGAUACAGAAAUAUGGGAUACCCUUCCGGAUAAAAAUAGCAAACAUGGUAGCAGCGUGAAGAGUAGCAAUAACCGUAAUCAAUCUACAGACAACAAAGACCACACUAUCGUCAUGCAAAGAUACCCUACUGCAGCCACGGCAACCAAGAGAGCCUCUUCUCUCUUUAAAGUUAGCACAAUUGACCAUAGUAUUACCCAUGAUGAUGAUUCCGCAUCGCUUGCUUCUCUUGCGCCGCCAGUUGUGUCGCUCAGUCCAGCAUUUGGAGACAAGCAAUCUGCUAUGCAUGAGAUGGGUAUCUCGACGCGACUAGGGCGGCAAGACAAUCAGGCUGUAGGCCAUACGAGGCUCAGCGCAGGCGAUAACUCUGUUUUGAAGCACUAUAUCCACCACACCCUCGGGCCAAGAGAUACAUCGGCGGACUCUGACGCUAGGUCUAUUAAGAGCUUUGGUUCCGGACAUCAAAAGGCUAAUUCAUUGACAAAGUUAUUCCGGCGUAUUCGCGGCGAGGGCGUGAGUAAAGACUAUUGGAUGGCAGACGAAAAUGCUAAAGAGUGCUAUGGAUGCAACGUAUCAUUUGCCGUCUACCGUAGAAGGCAUCACUGUCGAAUGUGUGGACACGUCCUUUGUUCCAAGUGUGCGUUGAAAACUGAUGUCAAGUUUGAUUAUGAUAGAUUAUGUGAUUACUGCUUGAAAUCUAUGGGGCGAGAUGCAAAGCAAGAAAAUGAAGCAAAUGAGUAUACUGUAGGGACAGCUUGGACUACUCCGGCUCCAUUAGCCGCCCAGAAUCAUUUUAAUCAGCAGCUGCCGAUAUCUCCUGGCAUUAGUGCUACCCAAAAUGAUAACACCCCUUUUGACGGGAUUCUUAAGUUACUACACGCAGGAUCACACUUGUUUUUAGCAAGGUCACGAUCCAAUACCGCCACAGGAGAGCAAAUCGAUGGUGGCAUUGUGCCAUUUCGAAGAUCCUUGGCGUUAGAGGACUACAACAUUAAUGAUUCUGUUCUAGAUCCAGAGGUUGUGCCUUUCUUGCGAGAAGAAGAAGACGAUUACGAUGAACUCUGGUCGCCUGGUCCUUCAAGUGUGAUGAGUUAUGCUUCUCUCAAUAACGUGAUUGAUGAUGAAGACGUCAACAAUAGUGGUGCCCCAGGCCAUAGCUCGCGAGAGUGGCUUCCCACACGGGUCUCUAGAGCAGAUGAGAUCAGAGGUAUGUUUAUCAAGGAUCGCUCGUCUAUGAACCGCCGGAUUGGUGUAAAUGGGGGCCGAUCAAACCGUGCACUCAGUCUUAGCUUGGAAACCAGGGGCUUGUUACGUUCAGAUGGAUCAGAAUCCGCAAGAUCACCUAUGGACAUCAGACCUGCUACACCAUUCUUUGGGUCUAACUCGCAAUCGCUCUUGCAUUUGGGGAGACACCCUAGACUGUUACCGACCGCGGGUAGUGUGAUGGAGCUCAAUAGUGCAUCCCUUCAGCAUAUGCGCCGACUGCUGCAGCAACUGUUGGCACGUUUUGAAAUCGAUAGCAGUGAUGGAUGGGAGGACGUGAUUAUGAAGCAUGUGCUCAAAGUGUCAAAUAGCAUACAGGUUCUUGGAGAUAUGGAUGUUAUGGAAGUAGUUAAAAUCAAGAAGAUUCCAGGAGGUACUGCUCAGGAUACGAUGUACAUCAAUGGUGUUGUCUGUACUAAGAAUCUUGCCCACAAACAAAUGAACCGGACUCUCCAAAAUCCUCGGAUCCUGCUCUUGAGUUUUGCAUUGGAGUAUCAGCGCAAGGAGAAUCAUUUCAUGUCACUGACCCCAAUUAUGGAUCAGGAGCGAGAAUACCUUACACACCUGGUCGCCCGAGUUGUUGCACUCCGUCCCCACAUCAUUAUCGUUGAGAAAACUGUCUCACGAGUGGCAAUGGAACUUCUUUUGAAGCACAAUGUCGCGGUAGCGUAUAAUGUUAAGCUACCAGUGAUAGUAGCUAUUGCAGAGGCGACUGGUGCAGACAUCAUCACGUCGUUUGAUAGAUUGGAUAAAGAGCCUCACCUUGGGAUCUGUGGGACGUUUGAAGUCAAGACUUUUGUACACAAGCUGAUUCCCAACAAAAGAAAGAGCUACAUGUUUUUCCAGGAUUGUCCAGGAAAUCUAUUCUGUUCCCUUGUACUCCGUGGUGGGUCAUUAGAUAUAUUGAACAGGAUCAAAAAGAUCGUUGGACUGAUGGUGCGGGUCUCUUACAAUCUCAAACUCGAGACCUCGCUCAUGAAUGAUCAGUUUGCAAUGACCUCGGCGCCACGUGAGUCCAGAGCCUUGGAUGAUGAGAAGAUUGAGCUCUCAUCCGAUCCUGAGAUUAGACGCCUACAGGAAUCCCUUUUACCUUAUAAGCAAACAAUUUUAUCCGCAUCACCGUUUGUCAAAUUCAGUCCACCUUUCUUGUUAACAGCCAUGAUCGAUGAUAUGGAGAGGCUCAAGAUGAUUGAAAAAACGGCUACGCCUACUGCUCUUAGGGAUAUUAGGAAUGCCAGAAUACUGCUCACGACAUCAAGCACAAACAAUAUUCUCAACAAAGUCUCGACAGGAAGGUCGCAAGAUAGUGGACUGAUUGAAGGAAGCUAUAUUGACAUCCUAAACGACUAUCAAGCAAAAGAAAAGGCAUGGGAGGACUUUUUGAGUAGCAACAAAGGACCACCUCACAUUGUCCCUUUCGAUUAUCAGGGGCUCCCCUUUUUAUAUUCAUUCAUUUGUAUGUCAACUAAAGCAACGUGUAUAAGGCCAUCGAUUGGGUUCAUUAAGUAUUAUUUCUCGGAUUGUGAUACAACUCUUGCUCAUCAUCUUGUCCAAAUUUGCUGGAAAUCCAAGCUGGGAUGUAUGGCUCCGGGUUGCGGUCGUCCGCUUCAAGAUCACCAAUAUAUUUAUGCUCAUGGUGAUGCUAAGAUCACAGUGACCAUUGAGCAGUGGGAUUCUCCGACAAUUUUGAAGAAGGACUCCAUCAUGAUGUGGAGCAAGUGUAAGAUCUGCCAUGUAGAAACACCACAAGUGUACAUUUCAGAUGAUACUAAGAACUAUUCUUUUGGAAAGUUCUUGGAGUUAAUCUUUUAUCAGACCAAUUUGACCUGCCGCGCUAACAUUUGUCCGCAUGAUAUCAACCGUAAUCAUAUCCGAUUCUUUGGCCUCGAUACUCAAUUGGUCAAGAUUGAACGUAUUCCAAUCAAACUUUUCGACAUAACCUUCCCUCCAAUGCUUGUCCGCUGCAAACCAGAGUUUUAUGCUCGCACCAAGACCCAAGACCUGGAUCUAGUUCGUUCUCAGAUUACCAGGUAUUGGGACUCUGUUAUGGAGCGGAUUAAAAAUGUUGUUCCACCGUCCAAAUUCGACGCUGCUAAGCAGGAGCUUUUGGAUAUGUCGAAAAACGUCCUUGCGGAGAAAUCAGGGAUCUUACAGUUACUCCAGCAGACUUACCUCAAUAGUGCGCCAACGGACACUCUCGCAUUGGACACAGUGCGAAUCAAAUUAUAUGACAAGUCUGUAGAGUGGGACAAGAUUUUUGGAGAUUUUGCUCGCCAAUAUUUCAAUCUGGAGCGUGAUUUCAGACGCAGCACUGCAUCACAGCUCAGGAGACUAUUUGAUGAAAAAGAAUUCCCUGCCACAUCAGAUCCCGAGCACCGUGCGAACUUGAUGCAUGACCUUUAUUUGCCGAUGACAUUGGACACUGAUGAUAGCGACGAUUCUAUUGGUGGCCACUACGAUCUAUCCGCCUUGCCGUACCUUGGCAGCUCUCCAACCCAUAAGGCCGCCAAGUCAAGGAUUGAGGAAGGAGACGCAGCCGCCUCCGAGAGCACAGUAGAGAAAGAGAAAGUCAUAUCACAGAUAACGUUCCCAUUCAUAGAGUCUAAGGUCACUCGAAGAUUGUCAAUGAUUCUGAUGCAAGAACACAGGCCUAAACUUACACACGCUCUGACAUCUGACUCAGUCCUGGGGGUCCCGGAUGAGGACUUAAAUGAUAAGGCUAAACGCAGGGAACCAUCAUCAGCAUUUACUAUAGCACGGACCCUUCCUGUGUCAACACGGAAUACAACACGAAUCUCAAGCCGCUUGUCUAUGGCUUCAUUACCAACGUAUGAUCCGAUGACCUUAAUUCAGCAAGAGCGCAAGGAGAAUCAACAGAUUAGAGCUAGUCUUGUUCCCACACCUUCACAUUCUGGAAGCUCCUCUCCAUUAGGAGUGAAGGAUUUAAGCGAGAAAUUCAUUAUUCCAUUGGACCGUACUCCUACAGGAGAAAAACCGUCCUCAGCAUCAUCAACAUCUUCAGGAAAAAACCCGUUCUUCAGCAAGCCACGCCAACAGCGGCCAACGGAAAAAACUCCUUUCAACUUUUCUCCCUCAAGUCCUCCUGUGACAUCUGUUUCUCUAGCAGAAUUUAGCAAGCCCAGGUCUAGGAGACCAACAGACCCAACCUUUUCGAUUGCAAUCUCGGCCCCUUCCGUGCCUUCUACGCUUGUGGGGGGAUGUUAUCCAUCUUCAAAUACCCUGAUAGCCACGAAUCUUGGCACUAGACGCUCGAAAUACCUUGCUCGUGCUCAAGGAAGCGGAAAUACUAUCCCAGCGCAUCAUUCUUCCGCUGGGCCCGAGCUACAUAAGAAUUUGAUUGUAAACAGGUCUCGAUCUUUUACACAGCCAAUACCAGGUUCCACCGUGGAUGCUCGAGCUCGGUAUAUGAACGCUCUCUCCGGUCGUAAUUCGCAACAGGAGGAAAAUAAGCAUUCGACCGUUGUAUUUUCGAGCGCGAAAGAAGCUGCCAAGGAAGAAUCAGAGGAUGAAGAUGAUUACCAAUCUGAAAGCGAAGGUGAUGAACCAUACCAACCUAGUCGAGGCUACACAUUCUCGUUAAUUCAAACGGAUGCUAUGGACGAAGCUCUUGGAAGCGAAGAUCCUCUGGCAAUUGAAGCAUCUUAUAAUUUCAGAAAUAAUAAUGCAUGGACGAUCAACGGAUCAGCAGGCGGAGUAUCAUCUAUGAGCAAUAAUGAAGAAAUGUUUUUGGAUCCAGUCAUGAUGUUUUUAGGAGAUGACGACUAUUCGUGCGACCAGCGUCAUCGAUCCGGCCAAAGAGGCGCUGUUGUUGAUCAAGCAGACUCGAGUACAUCUGCCAUGGGUUCUCCUGUAAAGGCUUCAUCCAUGAAUAUGUCUGUUUCUGGUACACUGAGUGCUGCAUUAGCAGCGGCAUCAAAGCUUCCACAACUAAGUGAGGUAGCUGAAGGUGUUGAGCGUGGAUCGCUGAUCAAGACACUUUCCAAUUUUUGGCAGGAUCGGAACUCUCGAAAUUUUACUCCUUUAAACUACCCUCUGCAGCCAUCAGAACAUGUGAUUCCGGGCUCUCAAAUCAUUGUGCGGGAAGACGAGCCUAGUUCGAUAAUUGCCUUGACGUUAAGUUCACCGCGAUAUGUAGAUGAACUUAGAGCCAUCUUUAGGGCUGAAGGAGUGGAUGCAGACCAGAGUAAAGGCAAUUCAACUGCCUCAAUAUCGAUGGCUAGCGCUACCAUCCCUGCAGAAGAUGGUGCCCAGGCACCCGAUAGUAAUGGGAAUGGUCUGUCUAACUCCUUUGUCUCUUCGAUUGAGGGAAUAUAUGAUGAUAUUCAAGUUCUUGACGACUCGUUACUCUCUGAACCUGGAACACACAUGAAAUUUAUGUUUAGGGAUGACUCUACCAUGUUAUACUGCAAGAUUUUCUAUAUGGAGCAAUUCCAUGCUCUUCGUAAAGCUGCUGGAUGCGAAUACUCGUAUAUCCAAUCGCUUGCGCGAUGUAUGAAAUGGGAAGCUAAUGGCGGCAAAUCCGGAUCGUCUUUCCUCAAAACUCGUGAUGACCGUUUCAUUAUGAAACAGCUAUCAAAGGUUGAGCUAGAAGCGUUCAUCAAGUUUGCACCUCAUUACUUUGAGUACAUGCAAAACGCUUUCUUUCACAAGCAACCGACGGUGUUAGCAAAAAUCUUUGGGUUCUAUCGCGUAGGAUACAAGCAUGGAGCACUUGGUCGAUCUAUGAAUAUGGAUGUCCUCGUCAUGGAAAAUCUUUUUUAUGAUCGCAAGAAACUUAAAAUUUUUGACCUCAAGGGUUCAAGACGGAAUCGAUAUGUUCACCCCAGUGGCAAGGAAAAUGAAGUUUUGCUAGAUGAGAAUUUUUCAGAGUUUAUGUCUGAAUCUCCCUUUUUUAUCCGUGAACACGCCAAGCUCCAGCUUUCUAAAUCAUUACAGCAUGAUUGUCAAUUUCUACAGCGAUUUAAUAUUAUGGAUUACUCACUUUUGGUUGCUGUCGCAGAUGAUCGGCAGGAAAUUUUGGUCGGUAUCGUUGAUUUUAUUCGGCCAUUUACAUGGGACAAAAAGUUGGAGUCAUGGGUCAAGGACGCAGUUGGAUCACAAGAGCCAACCAUUGUUUCGCCAGCGCAAUAUUGCAAGCGGUUCUGCGCGGCCAUGGACAGGCACUUGGAUAUGGUUCCGGAUCGCUGGUACGAUACCGAGCCUAGAAAUCGAGGUGCCAAGGUGUAUGAUAAUUCUUGUGCUGACGAUUUUGUCCAAGAUUAUGAUCAUGAGUGGCCACAGUAUUAUCAGCCUCUACGAGGCCAAGAGCAACAGAAAGCUCAGAUGAAGUUAUAUCAGCAUCAUCCGAAGCGGAUUAGUUCUCAAAACAGGGGCUCGAGUUCACAUCGGGCACCAUCACAGCAUGAACAUUACCGCCAUCAUCACCCACGAUAUAGCGCCAACUUUCAUGCAAGCAAUGAGAGUGGUUUGACAAAUGGAAUCUCCGCAAGACCCACAAGUGGAUCGAUGAUACCUAAGGCUCCCAGUUCGGGUGCCAAUUGAGUUGUUCCAGGUUAUAUAUAUUUUAUUUUUAAUGAAUAUACUUUUAAUAGAAAUGCACCAAACCAUGACAGUA